CCACCAAACUAACUUUUGUCCGGUCGACAAACUGAAUUUUCUCCUCGACAUGAAUUCUACCUGGACGACUGAGGGAUUCUUCACACGCUUCAUGGAAGAAUGUUUUAUCUUUUCUGGACCUUGUUGGGUUGGAGAUUUGUUGGGGCAGAUUUAUGAAGCUGGUGGAGAAAACCCUGAACCGGAAUUCCCACAAAUCUACAGCGGGGCAUUGUGAAAAAGAUCCAUUACCUACUUAGAGCACAAUUUAGGGUUCACGCCAUUUUUAGUGGUGUCCAAAUGUCCAAUUUUCCACAGUGCACCUUGUGAAAUAGUGUCUAGCGCUGGUCACUAGACUCGUAUAGACCACAAUGCAUUGGGAGAGUUGUAAAAAUAACAACAACAGGUGUUUAACUGGACACAACAUGAUGAAAGCUGAUAGAAGCUGUUUAACUCAGCACUAGAAAUACUACCACAGUUAUACCGUAUUUUCCAGACUAUAGAGCACACCUGAAUAUACGCCGCAUCAACUAAAUUUUAACGAAAUUUAAAAAUUGUACAUAUAUAGGCCGCACCUGAAUAUAAGCCGCAGGUGUCCACGUCUUCAAGAACGUUUUCAAGUUCAGGCCGUCUGCUUUUAUCGCCUCUGAAAGCUUUUGUCGUCUUUUUGCAUUGAGUCAGUUCGUCACGCUGCCGUCGCCAAAAUGUCACCAUCGACUCACUGAUCGGGGCUCACGUGCAGCAGCUCGUGAGGUUCAUACCGUGACGAUAUCGUACCGUGAGACUUGGAUAUCAUUACACCCCAAGUCCAUAAACACUUUUGUGCCAUAUUUAUUACAGAAAUCAAGUUUUAAUGUGCCCUGAAAGUAGUGAGCUGUGAAUUUCUCUGUGAUUGAGGGGGUUAGGGAGCUUGGGUGGACAUUCGGACACAGCCUGGGAUUGUACGUCAUAAAUCAGACGCUUCGUGGGAAUCUCUGUCGCCGUGGACGUUAACUGCGGCUGAGUUUGUUCUAGUUUCCGUUGUUUUGGAUUUUCAGGCUCUUAACUAAUCGACAGCUUUCCGCUAUGUUUGUGUCUACGCUCCAGUCGUCGUCGGAGGUCAAAGUUUCAGAGUUUUGACAACCGGGAUAACCCACAACCUCGGAAUUCCAACUGGGAAACUCGGAGAACACUUCACACCAGUCUUGACGGUUAAAAUACUGAUAGUGCUUUUAUUAUUUUCCAUUUAAGGUGCUCCUCAUGUCCAUCGGCGUCUGUGAACCUGCUUCUGUCUCCAACAAAAGUUCAAAUUCACCCUCAAAUGUCGCUCUAUAAACUUGUAAACGAUGUCACGACGCCACAGCUAAUUUCUUUUCUUCCUUUGUUCUUCAUCAAACAAAAGACAGUUACCGGUUCUGGAGGACGACAGGGAAAGGGACCAGAGGAUCGAACCCAGAACCUUCUUGCUGAGAGUGCACCUGGGAUACUGUCCUGAGGAAGUUGGAAAUCAGAAAUCAGAAGACAGCACCAAAACCUGUUUAAAUCAGCUGACCAGUCACAGCAACACCAAGAGACUCUGAGGAAGACCGAGCAGUCGAAACUGUCAGUCCAGGUUUUAAGAGGAGAGCCGGGUCCUGAGUCUGACUUUUAUAGGCAGAGACAGAGGGGGGCGGAGUCAGAGUCCGAAGCCCCGCCCACUCCAGCCCCUCCCCCCGGGUCCCUAGUCUCCGGUCCGGCCCCGCUCGGUCCCAUUCAGCUCUCAGUCUGCCGCGAGUCCGGACUACAGCCCCGAGGUUCAGAGGAGCAACCAUGAGGCAGAUCCUGGUUCUGAUCCUGGUCCAAGUCCUGGUCCUGGUCUGUGGGGCCCGGUCUCCGUACCAGUCUGUCCUCCAGCACAGCCGCAUCCGAGGGAGACAGCAGGGUCCUAACGUGUGUGCCAUGCAGCAAAUCAAAGGGACGGAGAAGAAAUACUUCACCAACUGUAAACAGUGGUACCACCGCAAGAUCUGCGGCCAGCCCACCGUGAUCACCUACGAGUGCUGCCCAGGAUACGAGAAGGUCAUAGGAGAGAAGGGCUGUCCCGCUGCUCUGCCGUUGGUGAAUAUUUACCAUACCCUGGGGGCGGUGGGGGCCACUACUACACAGAUGUACUCAGACCGGGCUCAGCUCAGACCCGAGAUCGAAGGACCAGGAAGUUUCACUUUCUUCGCCCCAAGUAACGAGGCCUGGGCCGCACUACCUAAUGAGAUCUUGGAUGCUCUGGUGAGUAACGUGAACAUCGAGCUGCUGAACGCUCUGCACUACCACAUGGUGAACAAGAGACUGACCUCAGAAGAACUGAAGCACGGAGCCACCUUCACCUCCAUGUACCAGGACUUCAACGUGCACGUGCAGCACUACUCCAACGGGAUCGUGACGGUGAACUGCGCCCGCCUCAUCAAACCCGACCAGCACGCCACAAACGGCAUCGUGCACGUGGUGGACCGGGUCAUCACCGCCGUCUCCAACGACAUCCAGACGAUCAUCGAGGUGGACGACGAUCUGGAGACGCUCAGGACGGCGAUCGCGGCCGCCGGGCUGACGGCCAUGUUGGAGUCUGGAGGACACUACACCAUUUUUGCUCCGACCAACGACGCCUUCGAGAAGAUCCCACCGGAAACUCUCAACCGCAUCCUCGGAGACCCCAUCGCUCUGAGAGACAUGUUGAACUACCACAUCUUGAAGAACAUGCAGUGUGCAGAGUCCAUCGUGUCGGGCGUUCCCAUGGAGACGCUGCAGGGCACAGUUCUGGAGGUGGGCUGCGACGCGGAUCAGGUCACUCUGAACGGUAAAGCCAUCGUCACCAAAAAAGACCAACUCGGAACCAACGGCGUGGUCCACUACAUCAACGAACUGCUCAUCCCGGACUCAGCAAAGACACUUCUGGAAAUUGCUGAAAGCUCCAACGUAGCCAUGGCAACAAAGCUGUUUGUGGAGGCGGGGCUUAGCACACACCUGACAGGUACAGAGGCCCUGACGCUGAUGAUCCCCCUGGACGAGGCCUUCAAAGGCAGCGUGACCUUGACUCCCGCCUUGAAGACCAUCUUGUCUCAGCACAUCCUGAAGGAACGUCUGUCCUCCAAGUCCCUGUACCACGGACAGGAGCUGGAGACUGUGGGAGGACUCAAACUCAGGGUCUUUGUCUACAGAAACAACCUGUGCAUCGAAAACGCCUGCAUCGCCGCACAUGACAAAAUGGGACGUUACGGCUCCAUGUUCACUGUGGACAAACUGCUGUCGCCCCCUGCAGGCACCAUCAUGGACGUGCUCAAGGCCGACGACAAAUUCAGUAUGCUGGUGGGGGCGCUGCAGACUGCCGGCAUGACUGAGCUGCUGAACCAACAGGGGGCGCUCACCUUCUUCGCUCCCACCAACGACGCCUUCAACUCCAUCCCCACGGCCGAGAGGACCCGACUCAUGAGGAGCAGUACAGAGCUGUCCAGGCUGCUGAAGUUCCACCUGGGGGAGGGUCUGCUGGUCAGUGGAGGGGUCAGCUCUCACACCAGGGUCCAGCCGCUGCAGGGAGACAAGCUGGAGCUGGGAGUGCGUAACUACACAGUGUACGUGAACAGAGUCCCAGUGCAGGACGCAGAUCUGAUGGCGACCAACGGAGUCGUGCACGCAGUGAACCGCGUCAUCAAACCACUACCUCCUAAAGUGGAGAGAGAACAGUCCGACGGUCCUUCUGCAGCUCUGAGGUCCCUGUCCUCCGUCAGGCUGGACUCCAGACGCCUCAGUAAAGAGGAGCUGUUCAAGAGGGUGGUCCAGAGCCGCUCCAGCCAGAAAAUGCCACGCAGCAAGUAAACGAACAAAAAAAACCCCCAAACAUCACCGGUAAACAACAUCACCACAAUGAAGCCACGGGAGGAGCAUCGCGCUUCAGACCUCAGCAUUUCUUUAAGACCCGGUCCGGUCCGUGUUUAGUCCUUCUUUAGUCCUGGUUUAGUCCUGGUUUAAGUCCUAGUUUAGGGUGAACAUGAAGUGCAUCGUAUGUAGUCGUCGAAAAAGGGAUCUGAAGGUGUGCCAUUUUAAGCCAAAGAAUAUUUUUGAGUUCACGUAUUUCCUUGUUUGUCUUUACCCAAACAGUGUCGUAUUUCUGUAUAAAAUGCUUUGAUUAGAGGUGUGUUUUUAAAGAGGGGGUAUUAUGCAAAGUUUUGUUUUGUUUUUUACUUUCUACCAUGUUGUAACAUUAACAAAAAACUUGCCUGAAGAGGUUUUAGACGUCAUCCAUGCAUGUUUGAGCAAUCUAGAGAUCUCUCCCGGGUCCGAUUUAAACCUUCUUUACGUUUAACUGUAAAAUAUACAAAAAACACACGAUACAAAACCGUACGCUACGACUUCACAAACCUGAUGCGAUGUGCAGUAGCGGGGAAGACUGUGCCCGGAGAUUUGCGUUGUGAUGGUGCUCUGAAGGGGUGCGACUUAGCACAGAGAGCAAAGUAAGAGGAGAAAUGAAAGAAGGGAAAGUUAUAAAGCAUGUUCCUAUGUUGUUUUUGGGCGACUAUAGCAUUUUUAAAACAAUAAUAAAAGGUAACGUGAUGAUUUAAAUAUGUUUAUGCCCCACAGAAGUAAAAUACCUCCUCUUUAAACGUCGGGUGAGUGAAUCCUGCAGCAUGUGGCGGGAAAAUGUGACACUUUUUUGUAAAAAAAUAAAUUUUAAAAAUGACCAGAAAUAAAA